AGGGCUGUGUGGAGUAGGGAGGAGGGAACCAGCCUAAUCUCCAGCUGCAUGAAUCAUUCACUCAGCGGCUGAGAGAGCCAGGUGUUGAUUAGAAGCUGCGUGUGUGCUGAAACGUCCCAGUCCUGAAAAAUGACUCAGUCGGUGCAAGUUAACCCAAAGAUGCCUGAUCUUGGCUCUCCAUUCCUCUACUCUAGUCAGGAAGAGGCUAACCAGCCAGCCUCUUACUCCGUCCAAACACCGUAUGGUUUCCAGCUCGAUCUGGACUUCCUCAAAUAUGUAGAAGAGAUAGAGAGUGGGCACAACCUCCGCCGUGCACCAGUUUCCUCCCGUCGCUCUGGACGGGGGCUCAAACUCUCCCAGAGGAGUCCUAGUGUUGGGGGUCGCACCAGUGGCUGGACCUCCACAGAGUCUCUUGCGUCCCCGGCAAGUGAGGAUGGCAGAGCUCCUCCUCCACCGCCACCACGCAACCGCCUUGGGUCAGCGCCCUGCGAAGGACUCUCUAUUUCCCCUGUGACCAUUCUCAAUGCUCCUCCACUGUCUGCCGGAGCCAAAGUGCCACCCCCUCCGCCACAGCGCAACCCCAGAGUUGAGCGGACUCUUCUUGAAACUAGUUUGCGGUUACAGCAGGAGCAGAGCCACCAGCACCAGAAUGGUGGGCGAUUCCAACUUGGAGAUCCUCCCAAGAAGCUGGGGACCUCUCCAUCGAGUCAGCCACUACAGAGUAGCUGGACUAAACCCAGUCCUCAGACCUCUGGGCGCAGCACUCCAGCUACUGGCACCACAGUGACUCCAAUCCCACCCAACCAGCUGCAGACAGUGAGGGAGCAGAUGGCUACAGCCUUGAAGCAGCUGAAGGAGAUGGAAGAACGGGUAAAAGGUGUUCCAGCACUUGAGAAAGAAGUGGCUAAACUUCGUGCCGAGAAAGACAUGCUCCUGUUGGCACUGCAGGAGAAGAAAGUAGCCAUGGAGGCUGCCCAGCAGCAGAAACAGUCUACAGAGUCCUCCACCCAAACCAUAGAGACCCCUCAAACUGACCCCAGUAUCCAGAGUCGAUUAACUUCACCACCCUCACCUGGUCACAAAGGCCUUGGAAAAUCUGGGGAACUGAAAAAGCUGGCUGAGAAAUUUGAGGGGAAGGAGGAGAAAGCAGUAGAUCGUUCAACUAAAGUUUUAUUAAAAACUCCAGAGAAAGUUUCAGUCGUUGAGAAGAAAUCAGUAGCAGUUGGAGAUGAUAUGCCAAUGGACUUGGUUGUUUUCUACCAUAGCCUUGGUGUGAAAGAUGCUUCUGAGGGCACUAAGGUGAAUGUUUGUGAGAAAGGCACAGGAACAGAAGCUACACUGGUUCAUGAGGCGGGAAUACAGACCAGAGUGGAGACAGAGGAGGCUGAAGUUUGGGUAAUGGAGUCACUACUUGGAGUCACCUCUGAGACACAGCGGGAGUUGGACACCUUACAGGACACCAUAAAAUUCCAGCAGGAGUCGAUUGUGGCUCUCGAGGACCGACUGAGUGUUGCAGACAAAGACUUGAUAAUUCUCAGAGCGCAAAUUGAGGAGAAAACGUCCAAAGUCACAUUUGAAAAGGGUGUUCUCGCCAAACCAGAAAUGACAAAUGCCCAAGUAGAGACAUUGUCUUUCGAAUUAAAGCACGUUGCAGUUUCGUGCUGUCCCGAGGUGAGCGAUGCAUGCGUAGGUGAAGGCUUAACAGCAGAUCAGACUGAACAAGGCACUCAGACUGAUUCUGUAGUGACACCAGAAGAACCAGUUCCUGUUACAGUGUUCAGCAUUGGGUGCCAGUGGGAGAAUUUGUUCGAGGAAAAGACUGAAGAGCAGAAAGUUACAGUGCUAAAGAAGAGACAGUUGACCAUUGCUGACUACAAGGUCUCGCCAGAAGAAGAAGUGGUCAGUACAGCUGAGAAGAAAGAGGGAGACCAAGGAGAAACAACUGCAACCAGCACAACUAAGACAGGUAUGCUGAAAUCAAUCAUGAAGAGGAAGGAUGGGAGUAACUUGGGUGAAAAUCGCAGCGCUGGCAAGAAGAGCCUGCAGUUUGUGGGCAUUCUAAAUGGAGGGUAUGAGUCCACAUCGAGUGAAGAAGAGGAUGAGGAAGAGGAAGAGGAAGAUGGGAGUACUUCUGGAGAAAGUGGAGAAGGCGAGUGCUUGGACAGCACAGAGGAGGAUGAGGCGGCUCUGGAGGAAGAAACAUCUGAGGAGGAAAGGAAUGUCAACCUGGAUGAAAGUGACACAGAUGAGGAAACUCUGAGAGCAGAAAAUUAUUCAUCUGAUGGUGUGAAAGAGAAGUUUGAGCUGAGUUCAAAAAUGCGUGAAGCCUGCCUGAUUCUGAAGAAUCACCUGAACGAUGACAUCAAAACACUGAAGAGUAAGGAAGUGCUCUCCAGCACUCACACCGUCCAGCUUGAAUGGUUCCGCAUCUCCAGUGCCAAAAUGGCUCAGCCAUCGCGGGUGUCUGACUACCUGAUGGCGUUCUCUGAGGUGUCUGCAACGCUGCUGAAGCAUGUAGUCAACAUGACAGAUGGCAACGGCAACACGGCUCUCCACUACAGCGUCUCACACUCCAACUUCGGUGUGGUGGGGCUGCUGCUGGACACAGGCAUGUGCUGUGUGGAUAAACAGAACAAGGCGGGCUACACGGCCAUCAUGCUGGCUGCUCUUUCUACAGUGAAGGAGGAGGAUGACAUGGCUGUGGUUAAGAAGCUCUUCAGUCAGGGCAAUGUCAACGCCAAAGCCAGCCAGGCUGGCCAGACAGCGUUGAUGCUAGCUGUUAGUCAUGGUCGGCAGGAAAUGGUGCGGGCACUGCUGGAGUGUGGUGCUGACGUCAACGUGCAGGAUGACGAGGGAUCUACGGCACUGAUGUGUGCCAGCGAACACGGCCGAGCUGAAAUCGUCAAGCUGCUCCUGGAACAGCCUGGCUGCGACAUCUCCAUCAUUGAUAACGAUGGCAGCAAUGCUUUGUCCAUUGCACUGGAGGCGUCUCACAAUGACACAGCUGUGCUGCUCUACGCCCAUAUGAACUAUGCAAAAACCCAGACUGCUGUGGGGAGUCCGAAGGCCCCAAGGAGCCCCACCACUGCCCACAAGCCCUGGCCUGCAGAGUGACAUGAGGCGGACAGAGCAACAAACAAAAAAACUGGAUCUGAGCUGUAAAAAGCUCCACUGGAAUUUACUUAAAUAUCUAUGUAUUUAUAUAUUGCCAUAUGCCCUGCAUUUAUAAGUAUUGUUAAUAUGAGAAUAUUAUUUUUCCAUAAGAGUUGUGAAAGGUUAUAUUAUGUACUUGACUAAUAUGAGCUCCUAGCAUGUUUAAAUGAGAUCUCCAGCCCUUGUUUUUUUUUUCUGUGACAGGAGAUUAGACCUUACAUUUAUUAUUUGCACUCCACUAAUAUAUUUUAUUCUUAAGGGCAACACACAGCGACGGUGUAUGAAGUACAUAAAAAAAACAUGGACCCACUGUUUUCUAUGUACGUGUCAAGAUAUGCCCGUCCUAAUUCCCAGUGUCAACACUCCAGUAAAGCUGUUUCAUCAAUCGCUCCUUGGAUCGUCUGAAUCCAGCUAUUCUCCUUUAACAACUUCUUCUGCCUGUACGUAGAGUCAGGUGUGCGCUAUGGACAUCAAAUGACACGACAUGGCCGGUGUGUGUGUUGCCCUUUAGUCUUCCCCUUCUGUCCUGCCCUGGUUAACUGAUCUGUGAACCUCUUUGCAUCCGUAGUCUGCACUAACUGUCUGUUUAUUGUAUGUUCAUAUAAAUAUAUACAUAUAUAUAUUCAAUGUCUGAAAUAAACAUAUUUAC